AGAGAAAGUAAAUGGUAGCAGCAUCUCAGCAUUCAGAACCAUGUUUCAACUUUUGCUGCUUUUAGGGUUUUGCACCCUUGGAGUUUGUCUUCCUCGUCAGUAUCACUUUGUGAAUGACUACAAGACCUGGUAUGAAGCACAGAGUUACUGCAGAGAGCAUUAUGUUGACUUAGCAAGCAUUGAUAAUGCUGAAGAAGGAUUGCAGCUUAUUAACUUAGUAGACAUCAGGAACAGUGUCCCAAUGUGGAUUGGCCUGUAUGACGAUCUGAACAUCUGGAGAUGGUCUCUGGAGGAUGAUGACUUCUACAAGGGGAAUGAGAGAAAGUUCAGAAACUGGUACAUACAGAAACCUACCAACUGGCAUGGAAACAGCUUAUGUGCAUACUAUUCAACCAAUUAUAAGACAUGGCAUGAAGCCCCAUGCACUGUAGAAUUACCAUUCGUCUGUUAUGAUGGAAGCAUGAAUGCCUCUGAAAGAUAUGUUGUGGUUCCUAAAUACAUGAACUGGACUGAAGCUCAAAGAUACUGCAGAGAGUUUUACACUGACCUGGUCAGUGUGAGGAACGAGACUGAGAACCAGAAGUUAAAAUCUGUACUUUUAGUAUUUUUUAAUUAUGAUUAUUAUCUAUCAAGUGCAUGGAUUGGUCUGUAUAGAACCAGAUCGUGGUCAGAUAGGAACAAUUCUUCUUUCAGCAACUGGAAUCUAGGACAACCAGAUAAUCUUUGGGGGAAAGAAUACUGUACAGCUGUGUUAUUUGAUGACUUGGCCAAUGGCCAAUGGACAGAUGAAAACUGCAAUCAGCCUUUUCCUUUUUUCUGCUACAGUGCAAUGUCAUCUACAUCUGUUCGUCAGUAUCACUUUGUUGAUGGAAGUAAGACCUGGACUGGGGCACAGAGUUACUGCAGAGAGCAUUACACUGACUUGGCCACCAUUGAUAGCAUGGAGGAAAUGAACAUGCUCAUUAACACAGUAAAUGGCAGCUACUCUGGUUUAGCCUGGAUUGGACUGUAUGAUGAUCUGGACAGCUGGAGAUGGUCUCUGGAUGAUGACAGUUUCUACAAGGAGGGAGAGAGAGAUUACAGAGGGUGGCCCCAUCAGCCUGACAACUAUGUUGGAAAAGAGAUGUGUGUCUAUAUGAGUUCCUCUGGGACAUGGUUUGAUAAAUCAUGCAAUACAAAUUAUCCAUUUAUUUGCUACAAUGAAACAGCUGGAUCUGAGAACUACAUCUGGAUUACCCAGCACAUGUCUUGGCCAGAUGCUCAGCGUUACUGCAGAGAGCACCACACAGACCUGGCCAGUGUGAGGAACUGGGCAGAAAAUCAGAGAAUUGUUGAUAUUUCAGGUGGCUCUGAUGUUUGGAUUGGUCUAUAUAGGACCAGACUGUGGUCAGACCAGCACAGCUCCACAUAUGAGAACUGGAGACCAGGUCUGAAUUAUGUGUCUGAAGAACCAAACAAUGGUUUGUCAGAUGCUUCUGGCGAAUAUGGUAACCAGCAUUGUACCGCUAUAUCAUUCAGCGAUUCAGGCCAGUGGGCAGAUGAGAACUGCUUAGCCACACUGCCUUUUGUCUGCUACAACAAGUUCUGUGCAGGAUCCUCCUGUGUUCCUCAUCAGUAUCACUUUAUUAAUGAGCCAAAGACCUGGGCAGCAGCACAGAGGUACUGCAGAGGGAAUUACACUGACCUGGCCACCUUUGAUAAUGUGGAGGAGGUAAACAGGGUCGUUAUGACAGUAGGUGGUAGUUACUCUGGUUUAGCCUGGAUCGGACUGUAUGAUGACCUGAACAGCUGGAGAUGGUCUCUGGAUGAAGAUGGUUUCUACAAAGAGGAUGAGAGGAACUUUAGAAGCUGGUACAUAAGGAAACCUGGAAACUUAGAUGGAAAGAGUUUGUGUGUCAACUUUUUGCGUGUGGAAGGAACAUGGGAAGAGGAAAAUUGCAACGCCAGAUUUCCAUUUGUUUGUUAUGAUGGGAGGGAGGAUGCCAGUAAAAGAUAUGUUGUCUUUUAUUGGUACAUGACCUGGACUGAAGCUCAGAGUUACUGCAGAGAGCAUUGCACGGACCUGGUCAGUGUGAGGAACAACACUGAGAACCAGGAGAUAAAAUCGUUACUGAAGUAUGAUGAAGAUUCACGUUUUUGGAUCGGACUGUAUAGAAACAGGUCUUGGUCAGAUAGGAGCAACUCUUCUUUCAGCAACUGGAAACCAGGACAACCCGAUAAUGCUGGGGGGAAUGAAUACUGUACAGCUGUGUCAUUCAAUGACUUUGGCCAAUGGACAGAUGAAAACUGCAAUCACGCUUUUCCUUUUUUCUGCUACAGUGCUUUGUCAUCUCGUCAGUAUCACUUUGUUGAUGAGAGUAAAACCUGGACUGAGGCACAGAGUUACUGCAGAGAGUAUUACACUGACCUGGCCACCAUUGAUAACAUGGAGGAAAUGAACAUGCUCAUUAACACAGUAAAUGGCAGCUACUCUGGUUUAGCCUGGAUUGGACUGUAUGAUGAUCUGAACAGCUGGAGAUGGUCUCUGGAUGAUGACAGUUUCUACAUGGAGGGAGAGAGAAAUUACAGAAGGUGGAGACAUGAACCUAACAAUUCUGGCGGAAAAGAGUUGUGUGUUGUCAUGUCCGGAGCAGAGGCAUGGUUUGAUGUUUCCUGUGCCAACAUAUUCGAAUUUGUGUGCUAUAAUGGUAAAGACAACACAUAUUUGUAUUUCUUUUACGGAAAGACUUGGGAAGAGGCUCAGAUCUUCUGUAGAACGUAUUACACUGAUCUGGCCAGUGUGAGGAAUGAGACAGAACUUCAAGAAAUACAGAAAGUCUCAAAUGGGCAUUCAGUAUGGAUCGGUCUGUAUAGAAGCCGACUGUGGUCAGAUCAGAGCAACUCCACUUUCACAUACUGGAGACUAACUGUUCAGUCAGCAUAUGCAGAACCUGAUAAUGGUGUGUCUUUAAGAUGGCAACUCAAAGAACAGCAAUGUAUAGCUGUGGAUCUAAAACAUUCAUCCCAAUGGACAGAUGAGGACUGCUUUGCCAGGUUCCCUUUCAUCUGCUACAGUGGUCCUGUAGUGGGGCUACAAAUGAAAGUCAAAGCUGCAGGCAAUCUGGCACAAACUCAGAUUGAAGGAUUGCUGCUAAAGCAGCUUCAACAUUUGGAAUUUGGUACAUUAGGAUUCUCCAGCAACUUCACUGUGAAAGUGAAACGUCUCAGAAAGAUCAGUCCAUGA